CUCCGUUGUUGUAACCAGCCGGCCGAAGCCCCCUUCUCAGUGCAACGAGUCCAGAGCGGCGCGCGGCUCGGCCGGGAUAUCGGGCCUACAAAUCAGCCGGGGCGGCGUCUCGCGGAGGGGGUGCAUGAGCUCUGCCGUCCAGCGAAGAAGCAGCGUCAGAAGCGGGGACCCCAGGGCCGACGCAGCCAUGCCGGUCCCUUCAUCCAACGCCCCCAACUCCUCGCCCUUCUCCAACGACGGCGGCGGCUCGCCCAACGGCAUCGACCGCGUGCUCCGGGGCAGCGCCCGGCGCAACCACUUGCCCACAGACGCGUCCCCCGACGCCAUGGAAACGGACGUCGCUGAGCCCGCCGCUGCCUUCCUCGGCCCGCACGCCAACAUGGACGAUGCCGGCGGUGGCGGGUCGGGGGGCCACGCCGCGCGCCCGCCGCUCUCCGGACCACGCAACGGGUUCCGCCGCCUCGGCCUCCGCGGCAUGAAGCAGCGCCUCCUCGUUGUGGCCAACCGUCUCCCCGUCUCCGCCAAUCGCCGCGGCGAGGAUCAGUGGUCCCUGGAGAUCAGCGCCGGCGGCCUCGUCAGCGCCCUUCUCGGCGUGAAGGAUGUCGACGCGAAGUGGAUCGGAUGGGCGGGUGUGAAUGUCCCCGACGAGGUCGGCCAGCGGGCUCUCACCAGUGCGCUCGCCGAGAAGAGAUGCAUACCAGUGUUCCUGGAUGAGGAGAUUGUGCACCAGUACUACAACGGGUACUGCAACAACAUACUGUGGCCGCUCUUCCACUACCUGGGGCUGCCGCAGGAGGACAGGCUGGCGACCACGAGGAACUUCGAGUCGCAGUUCGACGCGUACAAGCGAGCCAAUCAGAUGUUUGCAGACGUCGUCUAUGAGCACUACCAGGAAGGGGAUGUGAUCUGGUGCCAUGACUACCACCUCAUGUUCCUGCCCAAGUGCCUCAAAGAACAUGACAUCAACAUGAAGGUCGGAUGGUUCCUGCACACGCCGUUCCCUUCCUCGGAGAUUUACCGUACUCUGCCAUCCCGCUCUGAGCUGCUUCGCUCCGUGCUCUGCGCUGAUCUAGUCGGAUUUCAUACAUACGAUUAUGCAAGGCAUUUCGUGAGUGCAUGUACCAGAAUACUUGGACUCGAGGGUACCCCUGAGGGUGUGGAGGAUCAGGGAAAGUUAACACGGGUUGCAGCGUUUCCUAUUGGGAUAGACUCUGAGCGUUUCAAAAGAGCGUUGGAUAUUGCAGCAGUAAGAAGACAUGUCACUGAAUUGACACAGCGAUUUGCAGGGCGGAAGGUAAUGCUUGGUGUUGAUCGACUUGACAUGAUCAAAGGAAUUCCACAAAAGAUUUUGGCCUUUGAAAAAUUUCUUGAGGAAAACCCUGAAUGGAAUGAUAAAGUCGUUCUACUUCAAAUUGCCGUACCAACUAGAACAGAUGUCCCUGAGUAUCAGAAGCUUACAAGCCAAGUGCAUGAAAUUGUUGGGCGCAUAAAUGGACGAUUUGGAACAUUGACUGCUGUUCCUAUUCAUCAUCUGGAUCGAUCUCUUGAUUUCCAUGCCUUGUGUGCUCUUUAUGCAGUUACUGAUGUGGCUCUUGUAACAUCACUGAGAGAUGGAAUGAAUCUUGUAAGCUAUGAAUAUGUUGCAUGCCAGGGAUCAAAAAAAGGAGUUCUGAUAUUGAGUGAGUUUGCCGGUGCAGCACAAUCUCUUGGCGCUGGUGCCAUUCUUGUAAAUCCCUGGAACAUUACAGAAGUUGCAGACUCAAUAAAACAUGCUUUGACAAUGACAUCUGAUGAGAGAGAGAAGCGGCACAGGCAUAACUACGCGCAUGUAACAACUCAUACCGCCCAAGAUUGGGCUGAAACUUUUGUAUGUGAGCUAAACGAUACAGUUGCUGAAGCUCUGAUGAGAACAAGACAAGUUCCUCCUGAUCUUCCUAGUCGAACGGCUAUCCAGAAAUAUCUGCAGUCAAAAAAUCGUUUGCUCAUAUUGGGUUUCAAUUCAACGUUGACCGAGCCAGUUGAAUCCUCUGGGAGAAGGGGUGGUGAUCAAAUCAAGGAGAUGGAACUCAAGUUGCGUCCUGACUUAAAGGGUCCUCUGAGGGCCCUCUGCGAGGACGAGAGCACUACAGUUAUCGUUCUCAGUGGAAGCGACAGGAGUGUGCUUGAUGAAAAUUUCGGAGAAUUUAACUUGUGGCUGGCAGCAGAGCAUGGGAUGUUCUUGCGCCCAACUGAUGGAGAAUGGAUGACAACAAUGCCUGAACAUCUGAACAUGGAUUGGGUUGACAGUGUAAAGCAUGUUUUUGAGUACUUCACAGAAAGAACCCCAAGGUCCCAUUUUGAACAUCGCGAGACAUCAUUUGUGUGGAAUUACAAGUAUGCUGAUGUUGAGUUUGGGAGGCUCCAAGCUAGAGAUAUGCUGCAGCACUUGUGGACCGGUCCAAUCUCAAAUGCAGCUGUCGAUGUUGUUCAAGGGAGCCGGUCAGUUGAAGUUCGCUCUGUUGGAGUUACAAAGGGUGCUGCAAUUGAUCGUAUUCUAGGAGAGAUAGUUCACAGCAAAAGCAUGGUUACCCCGAUUGACUAUGUACUAUGUAUAGGCCACUUCCUUGGAAAGGACGAGGACAUCUAUGUGUUUUUCGACCCCGAAUACCCUUCUUCUGAAUCAAAGGUAAAACCGGAUGGUGCCUCGGUAUCCGUCGACAGGAGGCAGAACGGGCGGCCAUCCAAUGGCCGGAGCGGCUCCAGGAACUCGCAGGCCAGGACACCGAAACCUCAGGCUGCGCCGCUGCCGCAGCCACCGCCGGAGAGGUCAUCCUCGUCGUCCGACCACGGCAUGGGAAACAACAACAACCAACACGACUGGCGCGAAGGGUCCUCGGUGCUGGACCUCAACGGCGACAACUACUUCUCCUGUGCCGUCGGUAGGAAGCGCUCCAACGCCCGUUACCUGCUCAACUCGUCGGAGGACGUCGUCUCCUUCCUCAAGGAGAUGGCAGAGUCGACGACGCCCCGCGCCGCUGGCCUCCAGCCUGGCGCCGCCGCUGAUUACAUGUUCUUGGAUAGGCAGUAAGCCAAGUUUCUUUUCUCUACUAAUCAUCACCGGCCCGGCGGCCCACCGGAGAAGAGUUAACAAUAGCGCGGAAUAACAUUUUACGCGCGCCGGAGUAGCCGCCGUGGCUGUCUGGCCGGCGCGGCGUGGUGUACAAUCCUGUACAAAGUAUAAUUGAGCUCCUGGUAUUACUGCGAGAGGUUCUCGCAGCAAACGAGAGGAAGGCUUUGGCGCUCCUUGACUGUGUGACCUGGAGAGUUUUGUCUUAGAUGAAAUUGAUGGAUAUUUAUCAUUGUGAUGAUUAAUCUCAGUAUUGAUGGUCAUUUUUUU